AUGCCUUUGAUCAGCACCACCGAAGUCAGCGAGGACACUCGUGUUUUGGGAUAUGAUCCCCUUCUCUCCCCCCAGUUUCUGCAGACCGAGAUCCCUGCUCCUGCGCGCGCAUUAGAGGCCGUCCGUGCCGGCCGCAACCAGGCAAUUGAGAUCAUCGAGCAGCGCGAUGACCGCCUGCUCGUGGUUGUUGGUCCCUGCUCCAUUCAUGACCCUGAGACGGCUUUAGAGUAUGCCCGUCGCCUCAAGGAGCUGUCUGAGAAGCUCUCCGGCGACCUCUGUGUCAUCAUGCGUGCUUACCUGGAGAAGCCUCGCACCACUGUCGGUUGGAAAGGGUUGAUCAACGAUCCGGAUAUUGACGAGACCUACAACAUCAACAAGGGUCUUCGUGUCUCCCGCCGUCUUUACGCAGACCUGACUGGCAUGGGCUUGCCUAUUGCCAGCGAGAUGCUGGACACCAUCUCCCCCCAGUACCUUGCGGAUCUCAUCUCUCUCGGUGCCAUCGGCGCCCGUACCACCGAGUCCCAGCUGCACCGUGAGCUCGCCUCUGGUCUCAGUUUCCCCAUUGGCUACAAGAACGGCACCGACGGCAACCUGACCGUGGCCAUUGACGCCAUUGGCGCUGCCGCCCACCCCCACCGCUUCUUGGGUGUCACCAAGCAGGGUCUGGCUGCCAUCACAAAGACCUCUGGUAACGAACACGGUUUCGUUAUCCUCCGUGGAGGCAACAAGGGUACCAACUACGACCGUGAAAGCAUUAAGGCUGCCCGUGAGGCCCUCCAUGGCAAGAAGCAGCGCGAGGUCGUCAUGGUCGACUGCUCUCACGGUAAUUCCAACAAGAACCACCGCAACCAGCCCUUGGUCGCAAAGGAAGUUGGUGACCAGCUCCGUGAGGGCCAGGAUGCUAUCAUCGGUGUUAUGAUCGAGUCCAAUAUCAACGAGGGUAACCAGAAGGUCCCUCCCGAGGGUCCCUCCGGCCUGCGCAAGGGUGUCAGUAUCACGGACGCUUGCAUCGACUGGGAGACCACGGUCACUGUCUUGGAAGACUUGGCAGAUGCAGUUCGUGCCAGACGUGCCGCCAAGGCUAAGAUUGCUGCUGAAUAA